CACUGCAAGUUCUAGGGUACGACCUGUUUUGCGGGGGGUUAACCGUUUCAGGUCGCACGCGGUCCAACCUCUCGGCAAACUAUUAUUGCUUUCAAUCGUACAUCUGUCGUCUGUCGGUCGGCUUCAAAACGCACAUUCGCUCGCGUUUGCACUACUCACGAUAUCGCUCCCCCAUCGAAAAUCCACCACCACAUCGUUAACAGUAUCGUGCCUUCAUCAUUAUUUGUGCUUAAUUAAUACAAUACAAACUGCACGCCGGUUAUCUGUGAUAUAAAAAAUCAAAGACUUUUAAAAAAACAGUUUCUCUAUCACCUGGAGUAUCUCUAAAUUUUCCGAGUUUGAUAUAUUAUAUAUUUCAAAGCUUUAAAUUGAAUUGACUGAUUCAACGUUUUUAAUAUUGUAGAAAGACUUUGUUAAGAUUAAGUUUGACUCUUUGAUUUUUUGAAGUUGUGAUAUUUUUGUGACCACCACGGCUGCUAAGGAAGAGUCAUCUCCCUCACCUUUUAAAAUGGGUGCCAAACAGGUGAUCGGACUGGACGACAUCACGGACUCGCGAACAAUCUGGCGCUGCCUGACAGCUGAGUUCACAGGCAGCCUUUUGCUGGUGCUGAUUGGCUGUGGAUCCAUCACAGGCUGGGGGGACAACGGCUAUGCCCCCUCCAUUGUGCACAUCGCACUCACGUUCGGAUUCAUCAUUGCCACCCUUGUACAGUCACUGGGCCAUGUGAGUGGCUGCCACAUCAACCCUGCAGUCACGUGCGGUCUUUUCGUCUCAGGUCACAUUUCACUGCUCAAAGGUUUCUUCUACAUCAUUGUCCAGUGCAUUGGAGCUGUUGCUGGAUCCGCCAUCCUCAAGUUUAUAACACCAGCGGCAGUGCGAGGCAACCUGGGUUCGACCACCCUGAACCCCGAGCUGGAGGCGGAGCAAGGGGUGCUGGUGGAGGCGGUCAUCACCUUUGUGCUGGUGCUGGUCAUUCAGGCGGUCUGCGAUGAGAGGAGGACCGACCUCAAGAACGCCGCACCUCUGGCCGUCGGAUUGGCUAUCACCACUUGUCAUCUGUCUGCGAUAAAAUACACUGGAGCCAGCAUGAAUCCUGCAAGAACAUUUGGACCAGCUGUUCUCACUGGUAUUUGGGCCAAUCACUGGAUCUAUUGGGUGGGCCCAAUCGCCGGGGGGAUGCUCGCAGGAGUCGUCUACAAAAUGUGCUUCCACACACGCAAAGGAGAUGAGGAAGCAAGCUCCUAUGAUUUCUAAAAUAUAAUUAAGACGUAUCAUUGGUACCUUACAUUAAUUAUUACAAUGGAUCUGUCUAAUCUUAUCAUACUUUGCAAAGAACAUGUUUCAAAGUUAAACGCACAGAAUGAUUGCAAAUCAAAAAGACAGAUAUCUUUAAGAUAUUAAAUCUGUAUCAAGGAACCUAGAAUACAUUGGUAUUCUAGGUACAUUGAUCUGUACCAAACUUCAACUCUACCACCUGUGUUGGCUGUAUGUAAUUUGAGAAAAAACUUGGAUGGUCAACUCAACCAAUUCUUGCCAGUCUAAAGACAGUUUUCUUUCAACUUAUUAUUAGGCCUUCACUUUGGUUUGAUGCUUUGCACCAAAUACUUAUUAUUGUAAAUAUUCAUUAUCAUCAUCUUGAAUCAAAUAACUUUUCCAUUAGUUUUAUUUUCAUUCUAAUAAGGGGAUAACCUGAAAUUCUGAUGGUUAUCAAGUAGUUUAUAGUUCAUCUUGCAUUAAUUUUAACUUUCAUCUAUUGUUAAACUAUUAUUAUUAGGCUAAAUGUACCGUAUAUGUAUUUAUUAGGUCUUUCUUUGUAGUAAUGUAAGGUUGUAAUAAAUAAUAUUGAUUAAAAAAUGUC